AUGACGCAGAAUUUCGAGAAGUCGGUGAAGGGGGCCACCAAGAUCAAACUUGCGCCCCCCAAGGCGAAAUACAUCGAGCACAUUCUCCUCGCAACCCAUAGCGGAGAGGCAGGCGUCGCUGAGAUCUUUCGAACCCUCCAGUUCCGACUGCGAGAUUCAACAUGGACGAUUGUCUUCAAAUCCCUCAUCGUCAUCCACCUCAUGAUCCGCGAGGGCGCGUUGGACGCGACGCUCGAAUACAUUGCCGAGAACCCUCGGAAGAUUGCGAUAAGCAGUUUCUCCGACGUGCAAGCGCAGGGACGCAACAUCCGAAGAUAUUCCGACUAUCUCAUCGCCCGAGCCAAGGCAUUCGCUGAGACCAAGACAGACUACGUGCGGAGUGGGCAAGGCCGAUUAAAGCGAUUAACGGUCGAAAAGGGCCUGUUAAGAGAGACGGAAUGCGUACAAAAGCAGAUUAAGGCAUUAGUCCGUUGUGACCUCCUGACGGACGAAGUUGAAAACGAAAUCACCCUGACGGCUUUCCGUCUUCUUACUCUUGAUCUUCUUACUCUCUUUUCGGUCAUGAACGAGGGCACGAUUAAUGUGUUGGAACAUUAUUUUGAGAUGUCUCGGCCUGACAGCGAGCGCGCCUUGAGAAUAUACAAAACAUUCACAGCUCUAACAGAUGAGGUGGUGAAGUUUCUUGGUGUCGCCAGGCAUUUCGAACAUGCGACACGCCUAGAAAUUCCCAAUCUCAAGCACGCCUCAACAGACCUGGCAAAAUUGCUUGAAGAUGAUCUGAAUGACCCAGACUUUGAGCUCCGUCGUAGGGAGUAUCGAAUUCAAAAGGAGGCGAAGAAGAGAGGCCGAAGUACUACUACAUCUACACCAAGCAAGCCGGCGGAUCCACCCCGACCAAGCACUGCUCCAGCCUCCAAGUCUUCAGAGGCGGCAGCACCAAAGGCGGAAAGCAAGCCUGCACCCGAUCUCAUCGAUUUCUUCGAAUCUAUUGAGCAGAAUCAACAACCCAUGGCCCAACAGGCGUCCCAGCAACAGCAGCAGCAGCAGCAGCAGCAGCAGCAACCAACGAACUCUUGCAGCCCCAAGCGGGCUUUCAGCAGCCAAUGUUCCAGGCUCAGCAGACCGGCUUCAUACCGCAGCAGACUGCCUUCCAACAGCAGCCGCAACAGACUGGAUUCGUUCAGCAGCAAACUGGUUUCGGAGCUCCUUUCAACCAGCAGCAAGGCACGAAUCCAUUCUCACAACCCCCAGGCUACACAGCCGCUUCAACCGACUCACACUGGAGCCGGGUUCGGCGGCUAUACGCCACAGCCACAAUCUUAUGGCUUUCAAAGCACUCUUACGCCGAUUCCCCAGAACGGGGUGGCUUCCUUCCCUCAGCAACAAGCCAUGUCAACUGGCCCGCAACAGCAGAGUACCAACCCUUUCAGGCAGUCGAUGCUUGUCAAUCAACCUACCGGUAGUCAGGGUCCAAGCGGCUUUGGUCAAUCAUUACAGGCACCAAGUCCUUUAACGCGCCAGAACACUAAUCCGUUCGCGAAGCGCGCCUCGACCCUCAGUCCUCAGCAGCCGUCCUUCCAACAACAGAACCAAACGACACAGCCGACAACACAACCACUUCAGGUGCAACGCACUGGAACAAAUCCCUUCGCCCGGCAUUCUGUAGCACCUGACAAGCAACAGCAGCAACAGCAAGGGCUACAGCCCCUGCGACCCAACCCUACAGGCAGCACGAAUCCCUUCCGACAGAGUGCCUUUGUCAACCAGCAGACUGGCCAAGGGUGGCAUGUCAGCGGUCAACAGGGCACUAUGGGAGGACUUGAGCAGCUCGAGACUAUUCCAGUCUUUCCACGACCUGGAGGGAGCUGA